AUGGAAAAAAAAACUAAGUUACUAUUAUUUAUUAUAAUUGCUGCAUUUAUCGUUUUAAAUUGGACAUGCCAUUUUAACAAUGAUUGUAUGUUUAACAAAUAUAUAGAUGAAAACUGCGAGUAUGCUAGAAAAUUAGAUUCAAUAACUUAUAGAUUACUGUCAAAAUAUAAAAAGGAUAAUGAUUCUAAUGUUGUAUGUUUAAAAGGAGAUUUACCAAAUAAUAUAGUGAAAGAGAAAAGAGAUGUAACCAAUAAUGAAAGUGUUGUUGUAUCAAAAAAUAAUCAAAUAUGUAGAAAUGCGUUGAAUAAUUCUGGAGGACAUAAACAAGAUAAGAGAAGUAAAUCUUGUGUAUUUAAAACAAAAAGAUAUUCCCAUAUGGAAAAAAAAAUAUUCAAGGAACUCGAUUAUAUGGAUUUUCUUCAAAACAGCAGGACAAUUAGUGAUAAAAUAUAUAAAAAAAUAAUAUUCAAAAAAUUUGCAUUACGGCUUCUUAUACCUGUAAUGUUGUUCUUGUUGUUAUCAUUAUCAUUCUUUUUAGAUUUUUAUGGUGGUUAUGGCUUAAGAGGGGGGUUAUUUAAGAUAUUAAAUUUGUACGCUGAAAAAUUAUGGUACAAUUCUUUUCAUAUAUUUUUGAAAUCAUCUUUUUUAAGUUCGUUUACCAAAUCUAUGGGAAAAGUAAAAAUUAAUACAUUGAAGAAGACGCCUUUAUCAAAUGGACAAGUGAAAAAGGAGAUUAUAUGUGGAAGUGAUUAUGUAUUUGGUUUUAUUAGCUUCCUAAUAUACUUCUCAACGUUCUUUAUUUUAGGUUUCACAAUUAUAUUAGCAGUGUUUUAUUAUCAUAAGAAGGUUAAGAAAUAUGAAAAAAUUAAAUUUAGGAAAAGGUAA